UGUCUCCGUUCAACUGAUUCACAUCAGCAGCAGCGCUGGAGAUCAACCGGUCUGACAGCACAUGGAUCCCCAGUGAGAAGAGCCAGCACUCCGGGCAAGGGGUGUACAAGCUGUGUGAGGUGUGAUGGCGCUGUGCUCUGAAGCCUGUGUCUCUGGCUCAGGAGGAGAAUCCUCCGGGAGUGAGGCGGGUCUUAGCUGUCUUCAGUUUGGGGUUCGUUCCUAUCUGCACCACUUCUACGAGGAGUGCUCGUCCUCCAUGUGGGAGAGAGAUCCGGAGGAUCGGGGGUUCAUCCAGAGCCAGAGGUCAAACCUGUGGUGGAACUCAGCAGUCUGGAAGGUGUCAUUGGCCCUGGGUCUCCUGAUCCUGACUGCAGGUAUUGCCAGCCUGUCAGUCGGUUACUCCACUCCCCAUAAAAUAGAGUCAUUCGGAGAGGGAGACCUGUUCUUCGUGGACACCCAGGCCGUCAGCUUCAACAGGGGGCUGCACCUCAGCACUGCUGCCGGGAUCGUGCUCUCCUGUCUCGGCUUGGCCCUGGUGGCAAUGGGGGUUGUCGUUUUGAUCCUCCCCCGGACCAACUUGAAAGGGAGGCUGUUCCACAGACUGAGGGAAGGAGAACGGAGAGGAGAGUCUGGUUCAAAGUGGAGGGGAUUUCCAGGGGAUGUGGUCACUAAGCCGCCAGGUAACGAGGAGGGGAAGGUACCCGUCAUACUGUCGAAAGUGAAAAAUGUGCAGCCCACUUCUUAAAAAAGAUCCUUGCUGAACUACAUGGUGUACAGGCUUUUGUUCUAGUCAUGGGGCCUCAUUUACCUGGUCUUAUUAUUGUUUUUGAUCUGUUUUUGAAGGAAACAAGUGUCAUUUUAGCAUGCAAAUUGUUCAAAUGGAGGUUGUUUUGUGACGUGGAUAUCACAGUUAGACAUAAAGGUCUCGACAGGUUUUAAAACGGCGUGGAUCCGCUCAAGGACCAAAGUUUCUGUGUAGAGUUCUACUUUGGCAAACUUUGACACACGAAUUUGCGCCGUUUUGUUUUUGUGUGGACGUGUGAAUGUCACAUUGUGAUGUGACUGCCUUUGUGACUGACUUAAUUUAGGUACUUAUCUAUCUACACCUAUCAGGAUUUAAAAGCACAGCUUGAUCUGAAUAGAUCAUAUAUUUUUAUAUAUCGAAAUUAAAAUGUAUAAAUGAGGGCCCAAGACUUCAACCAGAGACCUUGUGGCUCUCUGAAACACCCCAUACUCCAGGAUAGGGAUAUAGUUGUUGACCAUAGACUGUGUUUGUGCAGUGCUCUAGUGUUCAACUCUCAACUCUCAAAGACAGCAGAUUCCUAUUGACUAAUGAUAGAAAAUUCUUUGUUUUUACCUUCCACUUGAUAGUGUUUGUUGUAUUUAUGCUCAUGCAUGAAUCACAGAGAAAACAUAUGUUUCCAUUCAUAUACAUAUAUACACACGGAUCACAGGACAUUCAAAUAGUGCUCACAUGCAGAAGAUUCAUUAACAAUUCUGUAUCUACAUUUUCACAUAUCUCCACUGAUCCUCAGCCCGCUGUGUUCAACACAUGUACAGUCACACUCAUCUGUUCACCCACACACCCACACACAUGCACAAAUUUGUGCUCCAUUGACAAUAUCACCUAUUUUCUCCCCACUGUAAUCUGGCUCCGUAAUUGCCUGCAAUCUGUGUCUCCGGGCAACAGUUGGGCUUCAAGUGCUCUAUUUUCAACUCCGAACAAAGGCUCUUUUCUGAUUGGCCCAGCACUUCCCCUCUCUUCAUUUUCAAACCAAUCAGGUUUUUUGUUUACAGGCACAUAGUAGUAGCGAGUGAGUGGUAAAGCGCUGAGAUGAGACAAAUCUGCACUGACACCUUAGAGGCCACUUCAUUUGAUAGGUUCCUCCUAGUUAUAUUAGUUUGAAUAAAAGAGAGUACAAGUUAGAAAAAAAUAGAAUAAUCGUGUUGUCCUGACUGGUUAACCUGAUUGUAUUCCACUGGAUGUUAUUAUUGAUGUUUUACUGUUUUAUUGUGUUAUUGGCUAUGAUGAAGAUAAUGGAAUAAAAUUAGGAUCAAGUGUCACUAGUGCAAAAUAAAUGACCAAAAUAAACUUCUGCAUACUUAAAUGUG